AGUUCCUUAGUAACAAUGGAGCAUAAAAUGGCCGCCUGAGAGAGCGAAGCGGAGCCAGGAAGGGACGCAGCAGCCGCCGAGCCAGCCAGGCCGAGGGGACGCGCCGGCGGGCGGAGGAGACGCGAGACGGGACGGAGCGACGCCGCGGCCGCUGGGGCGAAAUAUUUUCUACUUUUAUCAACAUGGAAAGCUCAGAUGCUAAUAAUAAAGGAAAUAUCAAUCAGUCAGAAGCACAGCGCCGGAGUCAGCUGGACCGGUUGGACCGAGAAGAAGCUUUCUAUCACUUUGUAAAUAACCUGAGUGAAGAAGACUACAGGCUAAUGAGAGAUAACAACUUACUAGGCACUCCUGGUGAAAUUACGGAAGAAGAGUUGCUAAGAAGGCUGCAGCAAAUUAAGGAAGGCCCGCCCCAGCAGCACCCUGAGGACAACAGAGGUGCAGAAUCCACAGAAGAUGUAUCUAACGGGGAUUCCAUAAUAGAUUGGCUUAAUUCAGUUCGACAGACCGGGAAUACAACACGAAGUGGGCAGAGAGGCAACCAGUCUUGGAGGGCAGUAAGCCGGACUAAUCCAAACAGCGGGGAUUUCAGAUUUAGUUUGGAAAUAAAUGUCAACCGCAACAACGGGAACCCAAGUACAGAAGCCGAGGGUGAGCCAUCUGUAGAACCCCCCACUGGAGAGGAUCUAGAAAAUAACCGAAGUGACACUGAGACUUCAAGGUCUGCCUCUCCCCCUGCUCUAAGGCAGAGCUCCUCUCCUUCUGUUGCCAGGCAGCCUGACUCAGAGAUGAGUUAUCCUGAAGAACCAAGUGAAGACAUUUCUCUUCAGAGAGGCCAGAGAAGGUCAAGAAGCAGAAGUCCUGAACAGCGGAGGACACGGGCAAGGACUGAUAGAAGUAGAUCCCCCCUUAGUCCAGUGAGUGAAUCUCCUCGCAGGAUACAUCACAGUAUGUCCUCUCAGACACCUGAUCUUCCCUUGGUCGGUGAAGCAGAAGGCAGUUCUAGAACAAGACAGCACAUGGUCAUACGGCAACACGCAGCAGGUUCCGAGAUGCCCACUGAAAAUACUGUCCUCUUUUCAACCUCGGAAGCGAGACCUGUCCCUCAGGCAGCAGGUUCUUCAGAAACAAGUGGCAGCGUGGAACCAGCAGCCCCCGGACAGAGACCCCCGACGAUCGUUCUCGACUUGCAAGUGAGACGGGUUCGUCCAGGAGAAUACAGGCAGAGAGACAGUAUAGCCAACCGAACUCGAUCCAGGUCCCAGACGCCAAACAAUACGGUCACUUACGAAAGUGAGCGAGGAGGGUUUAGACGUACAUUUUCACGCUCGGAAAGGGCAGGUGUGAGAACUUAUGUCAGUACCAUUAGGAUUCCCAUUCGCAGAAUCUUGAACACGGGCCUGAGCGAGACCACUUCGGUUGCCAUUCAGACCAUGCUAAGGCAGAUCAUGACAGGCUUUGGCGAGCUCAGCUACUUCAUGUACAGCGAUAGCGAUGCUGACCCCGGGGGCUCGGCCCCAAGCCCCAACGUGGAAAUGGCGGAGCCCCAGGCCGGAGGCGGCAGCGGAAAUACUCACUUGAGCCACGAAGGCCGCGAGGCCAGGUCGGGAGAGGCGUACGAAGGCGGCCAGGAAGGGGGGCCCGCGGCCGGCCCGAGGCGGGAAGGGCGGAACGCGAGGGGGUCAGUUACUUUUGAAGAAAGCGGCUCUUUGCCGUUCCUUAGCUUGGCCCAGUUUUUCCUGCUUAACGAAGAAGACGAUGACCAGCCAAGAGGGCUCACCAAAGAACAAAUCGACAACCUUGCCAUGAGGAAUUUUGGCGAAAGCGAUGCUCUGAAAACCUGCAGCGUUUGCAUCACCGAGUACACCGAAGGGAAUAAGCUUAGAAAACUACCUUGCUCCCACGAGUAUCACGUGCACUGUAUAGAUCGCUGGCUGUCCGAAAAUUCCACUUGCCCAAUUUGCCGCCGGGCCGUCUUGGCUUCGGCUAACCGGGAGAGCGUAGUCUAAGCCGCUGUGAUGUCCUUUCAGCUGAGUACGUGGUGAGGGAACAAUGGGCAAGAUGCUGCUUGCAACAGCCACUUUUUGUGUGGUGGUUAUAACAUGUAAAACAAAGAAUAGUGUGAUUUCCUCUUAUGAAACGGAAUUUUAAAAAAAAACAAACGCAAGAACAAAACCUUCUCGAUUAGGGUUCCUAAAAUAAUACCAGGUUUGUGCUGUCAAUUAAAAAGAAAAGAGAAAACUCUAUAUUUGCCCAAAGACACUUGGCUGUUGUAUAGUUUCAGUUUUCCAACACAAACCAGGUUCCCAUCCCUCCCGAUCCCAGUGUGUGUAGAAUGCCGGAGACCUCAACUAACUGGAGUCAUUUAGCUGCAUACAGCCCGUGCUUCAUUGUGGAUUAAAGCAAAACCGACUCCGCUACCCUGGCAGAACAGUGAAAUUAAUCCCCUAUGUCUGAUUUUAGCUCCUUCCUUGUAUGGGGUAUUGAACAUGGGAAUGUAAAUAACACUAACGUCAGCCCUUCUCCCCCACUGUACAGCUGUCUGAAGCCCAACUCUAUGGCACGCCAUAGAAUGACCUGAUAGUUUAACGGGGAUAUUUAUCUUGCUGUGGAAAUAUAUUAAUUAAUUGCUUAUGCUUGUUUAAAUAAACACUUUUGUUUUAAAAACAGUAAA